AUGGUCCUGUGGCAGUUUCCAAUGACAUUCAGCUGUCAGGACAGUAGCUGUGAGGACAGUAGCUGUCAGGACAGUAGCUGUGAGGACAGUAGCUGUGAGGACAGUAGCUGUCAGGACAGUAGCUGUCAGGACAGUAGCUGUGAGGACACUGUCAGUAGCUGUGAGGACAGUAGCUGUCAGGACAGUAGCUGUGAGGACAGUAGCUGUGAGGACAGUAGCUGUGAGGACAGUAGCUGUCAGGACAGUAGCUGUCAGGACAGUAGCUGUGAGGACAGUAGCUGUCAGGACAGUAGCUGUGAGGACAGUAGCUGUGAGGACAGUAGCUGUGAGGACAGUAGCUGUCAGGACAGUAGCUGUGAGGACAGUAGCUGUGAGGACAGUAGCUGUCAGGACAGUAGCUGUGAGGACAGUAGCUGUGAGGACAGUAGCUGUGAGGACAGUAGCUGUCAGGACAGUAGCUGUGAGGACAGUAGCUGUCAGGACAGUAACUGUGAGAGUUCUUUGGUCAGUGGGAGAUCGUGA